CUUCCGGAAUCUCCCGGCAGAUUGGCGUGGUCCGCUAGGUAAAGUCAGUACUUGGACUCACGUGCGGUAGCCUUGGCCCCGCGCGCCCCCAUUUCUCGGCCUCAUGGCUGGGCUGACCCUGUUUGUGGGCCGCCUGCCGACCUCGGCCCGCAGUGAGCAACUGGAGGAGCUGUUCAGUCAGGUGGGGCCGGUGAAGCAGUGCUUCGUGGUGACUGAGAAAGGGAGUAAGGCAUGUCGAGGCUUUGGCUAUGUCACUUUUUCUAUGCUGGAAGACGUUCAGAGGGCCCUAAAGGAGAUUACCACCUUUGAAGGCUGCAAGAUCAAUGUGACUGUUGCCAAAAAAAAACUAAGGAACAAGUCCAAAGAAAAGGGGAAAAAUGAAAAAUCAGAGUCCCCAAAGAAAGAGCUGAAACCAAAGAAAGCCAAAGUUGCAGAUAAGAAAGCCAGAUUAAUUAUUCGGAAUCUAAGCUUUAAGUGUUCAGAAGAUGACUUGAGGACAAUAUUUGCUCAAUUUGGAGCUGUCCUGGAAGUAAACAUUCCUAGGAAACCAGAUGGAAAAAUGCGUGGUUUUGCUUUUGUUCAGUUCAAAAACCUCCUAGAAGCAGGAAAAGCUCUCAAAAGCAUGAACAUGAAAGAGAUAAAAGGGCGGACAGUGGCUGUGGAUUGGGCUGUGGCAAAGGAUAAAUAUAAAAAUACACAGUCUGCCUCUGCCCCAGGUGAGGAGAAGAGGCCUGAACCUAAAUGUCAGGAAUUAGGUCAAGAGAAUAGGAGGGAAGAGGAGGAGGAGGAGGAGGAGGAUGAAGAUGAAGAUGAAGAUGGAGAUGAAGAAGAGGAGGAGGAGGAGAAUAAAGAAUCGAAGGUGACCAAGCCUGUGCAAAUUCAGAAGAGGGCAGUCAAGGGGGCGGCACCUGCGGAAAGCAGUGAAGAGGAGCAUUCCGAUGAUGACAGCGAUCUGGAGGAAGGAGAUAGUGUUGACAGUGGAGAGGAGCUGGCUCAGAGUGAUACCAGCACUGAAGAGCAAGAGGAUGAAGACAGGCAAGUCUCAAAGAAGAAAAGGAAACUACCCUCUGAUGUGAAUGAAGGGAAAACUGUCUUUAUAAGAAACCUGUCCUUUGACUCAGAGGAAGAAGACCUUGGAGAGCUCCUCCAGCAGUUUGGAGAUCUUAAAUAUGUCCGCAUUGUCUUGCAUCCAGACACAGAGCAUUCUAAAGGUUGUGCAUUUGCCCAGUUCAUGACCCAAGAAGCAGCUCAGAAGUGCCUUGAAGCUGCUUCUCCAGAGACUGAGGGUGGUGGGCUUAAACUGGAUGGCCGGCAGCUCAAGGUUGACUUGGCGGUGACCCGUGAUGAAGCUGCAAAGCUCCGGACAAAGAAGGUGAAGAAGCCUACUGGAACCCGGAACCUCUAUCUGGCCCGAGAAGGCUUGAUUCGUGCUGGGACGAAGGCUGCAGAGGGUGUGAGUGCUGCUGAUAUGGCCAAAAGGGAACGAUUUGAGCUGCUGAAGCACCAGAAACUCAAGGACCAAAAUAUCUUUGUCUCCCGGACCAGGCUCUGCCUGCACAAUCUCCCAAAGGCUGUGGAUGACAAACAGCUCAGAAAGCUGCUACUGAAUGCUACUAGAGGGGAGAAGGGGGUGCACAUCAAGGAGUGUCGGGUGAUGCGAGACCUUAAAGGAAUUUAUGGGAAAGUUAAGGGUCAGUCCUUGGGCUACGCCUUUGCAGAGUUCCAGGAGCACGAGCAUGCCCUGGCGGCCCUACGACACAUCAACAACAAUCCAGAAAUCUUUGGGCCUCAGAAGAGACCAAUAGUGGAGUUCUCUUUGGAAGAUCGAAGGAAACUUAAAAUAAAGGAACUGAGGAUCCAGCGCAGCCUGCAAAAAGCAAAAUCCAAGCCUGCAACUGGUGAGCUCCAGCAGGAACAACAAGAACUUGGAAAACACCAGCCACGGAAAGCAGCUCAGAACCACACACAAGAGCAGAGCAAGGGCCCCGCGGAGCAGAAGGGGAAGGCGGGCUCUGUCUCGUGGGCAGGAUUCCAGACCAAGGCCGAAGUGGAGCAUGUGGAGCUGUCCGACGGAAAGAAGAGAAGGAAGGUCCUGGUGCUCCCAUCGCACCAAGGCCCCAAAGUUAGGUUGCGGGACAAAGGCAAAAUGACGUCUCUCCCUCCUAAGAAGCCAAAGCCCCAGAUGAACCACUGGAAGCAAGAGAAGCAAAAAUUAUCUUCUAAGCAGGUACCUAAGAAAAAAGCUAAGGGAAAUAAGACAGAAAUUCGCUUCAACCAGCUGGUCGAACAAUAUAAGCAGAAAUUAUUGGGACCUUCCAAAGGAGCUCCUCUUGCAAAGAGGAGCAAAUGGUUUGACAGUUGAUGAUGCCAUCAGACUGGAUAAGAAGCUGGAUCGUGUGCUUCUUGGUAAAGCACCGCCCCCCUCCUCCGGCAGCCUUCCCUCCAUGUCAUUUACUGAGGGAAAGAAACCCCCUGAGUGCACUGCCACUUUGUUGAGGGUCCCUCUGGGCUGUGCACAUCCAAACUUUGGUCUCUCCUUGGUGUGUGGUUAAUCACAAAGAGGAAUAUCAGAAAAACAUCUUGAUGCUUCUUGCAUAUUUUGUGUGAAGUUGUGUCUAUAAUUCUUACUCAUUUUAAUUCUUUGUUUCUCAAAUGGAAACAAUUAUAAAAAAGCAUUCUUGAGUGCUAGAUUUUUAAGAUGUAUAUUUUGUUAAAUGUCUUUUCUAAAUGAGAUAUUUUGUGGCUUUUUGAAUAACAGACUCAUUUCUAAUAUACGUGAAUCCUUUAUCAUUUAUGUUUUUGACAUUCCUAACUCUAAUCCAGUUAUGUAGUCAUGCAUACUGCAGAAAUUGAUUUAGAAAAAGCGGGAAAAAAUGAUUUCCAACCUAAUCUCUGAGGGUGGGAGAGACUUGGAAAGUAAUUGGGAACAUGGGGCCUGGCCAAGAGCAACCCUUGAUAAUUGUUUGCUAAAUAAGUGGGUAAUUUUUGAAGGUAACUGGAAAUCAGUUUGCUUGGUCCACAGACACUAGCCUGGCUGGUGCUAACCUGCAUUUCCUCUCUUCCAGCACUGCCUCCUGAGGUACUGAGUGGUAGAGGGAGCAGUGAGCAUGAGGCCAGAAAAAGAGUUGGAAAUAUAGCACAAAGUUCUUAAUUCUCUAAUUCAAUCUGGUGCUAUAAUAAACGAUGCUUUCUUCAGAACCACUGCUGAUCUAGGGAUAUGGCUGUUUUAUUGCAGCGUCUUUGGAAACCAGUGAAUGCUCAGGAAUGCCCUUAAUUGGUUUGAAGAUUGGUAAAAGGAAAAAGAAAAGAAAAGAUGGGUAGGAGAGACCAUGAAAAUAUUGAAGCCUUUUUGAGACAACGAAGGACAGAGGCUGUAUCUCCAGAGUUACCUUGAGACAGUGUGACCUGGGGAGUUUGAAACGUUCUGGUGGCAGCUUGGCAACACGUCAAUCCUAGGAUGGCCUGUACUCUGUGGAGGAGUCACAUACUUUGUUAAGGGUGUAUGUAGACCGUCCACAGUCUGCCUGGCAACUGAUCUGUUUUCCCUUGGCCAACUGUCUGCUCACUAGACACUUUUUCCCCUAGUGUACAAAUAUCUAUAAAUGAACAUUUAAAAAUAAUCUUAACAUUUGGAUAGAUAAAAAUUGGUGUUCAUUCAGGUAGCUUUGCCAGAUUUUCUUAGAUCCCAGGUAUUUUUUCUGACAGCUUUAGCAACCCAGUGUGUUUAAAACAUCAUUCAUCUCGAAAAGUUAUUGCACAGUUCUUUUAAAAAGUAAUAGGACGAAUCAUCCACUUUCUCAACAGCCAGAUUCCUUGUAUGGUGUCCUCCUUUGGGACACCUCACCUUGGGUUAUCUGGGCACCUUUUUACUCUUGCCUCGUGAGUAUUAAUGCAACAAGAUUUGUGCUCACUUCCUCACUUCAGAGCCUAAGGUUUCAUGAAAUGGAGCUUUCUGAAGUAAACAUGAAGGUGGAGUUAUAGACUGCUCAGUUUAAAAACAAUAGUAGCAAACAUUUUGUUAACAUCCAAGGUUGAAGGCCAUCAGUCAAUUUUCAGUUGAUUUUCCUGCUCCGUUACACAACAGCCUGGCUCAGAGAUACUUCCUUUAAAUAAAGAGUCUUAAGAUUGUGUGCUA